AUGACUUCUAUAGCUGCUAGAUUAACACGAUUCAGCACAUGUGAUUUAGCAGACUCAUUGACAAAGCUAGGCAUAAACAGCUUCAUUCCUGACGUGACUAUGAGGUCGCCACUACCUACCGCUACUGGAUCAUCAACCAGGAUUGCUGGUCCUGCUCAUACCGUCGAGUUUGUCGAUGCAAAUGAUACUACAUCACCAAAGAGUGGUGUCAAUCAAGUCGACUCGGCACCAUCUGGCUCGAUUGUGGUAAUCAAGACACCGCAUGGCGCUAUAAAUGCUGUUUGGGGUGGUUUGAUGUCAGCACGAGCACAACACCUCAACGUAGCGGGAACAAUCAUCGAAGGCAGAUGCAGAGACUUGAACGAACAAUACGCAUUCAACUAUCCGCUAUGGGCUUCUGGAACUUCUACUCUUGGCGUCAAUGGCUACUGUCGUGUCGCGACUGUCGGCAGUGCAAUCACGCUCGCUGCACAUACAAAGUACCCUGUUACUGUGAACUCGAAGGACUGGAUUGUAGCUGAUAUUGAUGGCGUGGUGCGAGUGCCUGCUGAGCGGGUGGAAGAGGUGUUGACUUUGGUUGCAGAGAUGGAGGAAGUGGAUGCGCUGUGUAUGCAGGAUAUCAAAGGUGGACGGUCAAUGGCUGAAACGUUCAAAGAGAGGAGGAAACCAAAAAUGUAA